GUUCGCUUUCCGCCCCAGAAGAUCGGACCUGCUGAGCCUCGCCCUUUCUUUGUGCCUCGCUCACUACAAAGCUACCAGACCCAGCAACUACCCGCUUUCGGUCCCACGCAACCACCUCCGCUUCUUCGUCCCGGGAUAAUUGAUGGAAAAACCUUCCUUGACUGCCACCUUUGAUGUCGGGUCAUCACACUCGACAGCACCCCAUGGCCCGGGAGGCAUUCCCUCCGCCGACGACAGCGGCAAUGUCGACGACCCGCCACCUAUACCGAGCGCGGGCUCGAGCAGAGAGUCUGUUCUGAUGAACGACAAGUCUCUGCCCGGAGCUCGCGGUACAAAAACCACCAAUUCAAUCACCACUGUCGACACGGCCGACAGUGCCCACAUCAGCACCAUCAAUGCUCAUGCCCACACUCUGACCCAUUCCAGUGUGGCAAGCGUUCUCGGGACUACCAUCGAGAAUGGCUUGGCCACCAGCGAGGUCACUCGCCGUCGUGAGCAAUAUGGCGCAAACCAGCUCGAAACCGAAGGCAGAGUCAUCUGGUGGCGAAUUCUCCUUCGCCAGGUUUCCAACAGUCUCACGCUGGUUCUUGCAAUUGCCAUGAUCCUCAGUUACGCCACCAUGGACUGGAUUGAAGGCGGUGUCAUCAGCGCCGUCAUCGUUCUUAACAUCGUGGUUGGCUUCUUCCAGGACUACCGCGCUGAGGAAACCAUCGCGUCCCUUCUCGCUAUGGCCGCCCCUACCUGCAAAGUCAUCCGUGAUCACGGCACUUUGCAGGAGAUCAAGGCCGAAGAUCUGGUUCCUGGUGACAUCGUGCAAUUGGGCGUCGGAAACGUCGUCCCUGCAGAUGUCCGUCUCGCCAACAGCAUUAAUUUUGCAAGCGACGAAGCUCUCUUGACCGGAGAAUCGAAGCCCGCCGUAAAGGAUGCCGACUUCAUCUCCGACAAACCUGAUGCUCCCGUUGGCGAUAGGCAGAAUAUUGCCUAUUCUUCUACCACUGUUACCCGUGGUCGUUCCUUUGGUAUCGUUGUCGCCACUGGUAUGACCACGGAGAUUGGCAAGAUCGCCGCCCUUCUCCGCGACAAGAAGCCUGUCAACGAAGGUCCAUGGAUCGUGCGUGCCGCGAAGAGAUUCUUGAAGGGUCUCAAGGGCGCUCUCGGUCUCAUUGGCACUCCGCUGCAAGUCAAGUUAUCGUGGUUUGCGCUCUUCCUGUUCGCUCUCGCCAUUCUUCUCGCCAUCAUUGUCUUCUCCGCCAACGUUUGGGAUAUUGAUGAUGAAACACUCAUCUACGGUAUCUGUGUCGCUGUGGCUGUCAUUCCGGAGUCGCUGAUCGCUGUCUUGACCAUCACGAUGGCUGUUGGCUCCAAAGCCAUGGCUAAAGGAAACGUUAUCAUCCGCAAGAUGGGCGCCCUCGAGGCGAUCGGAGGUGUCACCAACAUCUGCUCAGACAAGACUGGUACAUUGACCCAAGGAAAGAUGCUGGCCAGAAAAGCGUGGCUCCCAAGCGGUCGCGUUAUUAAGGUCGAGAAUGAGUCCAACCCGCUCGACCCUACUGCCGGAAGUCUCAACCUCGAAGGCCGCACACUUCAGUGGGCGCAGGACGUGGUCAACGACAAGGAGGUUGAGGUUUUCUUCCAGAUCGCCGCACUCUGCAAUGUAUCCACUGUCACUCCCCCGCCAAACGCCGAGGCCGUGUGGACCGCCGCUGGCGAGCCGACCGAGAUUGCUCUUCAAGUUAUGGCCAUGCGUACUGGUUGUGGCAAGCAGGACACCAUUGCACGGGAGGGUCUCACCAUCGUCACAGAGCACUCUUUCGACUCUUCUGUCAAGCGCAUGACUGCCGUCUAUGAGGAGUCGUCCACUGGCACUCGCACAUGUUUCACCAAGGGUGCUACCGAGGUCCUGCUGCCAUUGAUGAAUGUCAGCCACGAGACCUCCAAGGCAGUCCUGGCUCAGGCUGAUGCAAUGGCUACGGAGGGUCUUCGUGUCCUUUGCCUAGGCCAUCGUACCCUGUCUUCGGAGGCUCGCGAGCUUUUCGCUGAUCGUGCCGCCAUGGAACAAAAUCUGGAGUUCGCUGGUCUCGUGGGCAUCUACGAUCCACCGCGCCUCGAAUCUGCUGGCGCUAUCAAGCAGUGCCAGGCAGCUGGUAUCACUGUUCACAUGUUGACUGGUGACCAUCUCAAGACCGCGACUACCAUUGCCCGCGAGAUUGGUAUUUUGGCUCCUCAUGUUCCAGGUGCAGAUGCGGCUACGGCUGUCAUGGUCGCUUCCGAGUUUGACAAGAUGUCAGAUGCGGAGAUCGAUCAGAUGGCUUCCUUUCCGCUCGUUCUUGCUCGAUGCUCGCCAACAACCAAACUCCGUAUGCUUGAGGCCUUGCAUCGCAAGGGCAAAUAUUGUGUCAUGACAGGAGAUGGUGUCAACGAUUCGCCAGCACUCAAGGGCGCCGACGUGGGCGUUGCAAUGGGUCUGAACGGCAGUGAUGUUAGCAAAGAAGCAGCAGACAUGGUCUUGACGGAUGACAACUUCGCCUCGAUCGUCUCUGCUAUCCGCGAAGGUCGUCGUCUUUUCGACAACAUUCGCAAGUUCCUGCUGCACUUGCUCAUCUCCAACAUCGCUCAAGUCAUCCUACUGCUCAUCGGUCUGGCCUUCAAGGAUCGGAACGGCGUUUCUGUCUUUCCGCUCUCGCCUUUGGAGAUUCUCUUCGCCAAUCUCGUCUCGUCAUCCUUCCUGGCCAUCGGACUUGGAUUGGAAGAGGCUUCUGCCGAUGUCAUGACACGCCCACCCCAUUCGCUCAAGGCUGGUGUGUUCACCAAGGAACUCAUCAUCGACAAGUUCAUCUACGGUACCUGCAUGGGAACUCUUUGCCUCGUUUCGUUCGUUAUUGUCGCCUAUGGUGUGGGUGACGGCGAUCUCGGAUACGAUUGCAAUCAUAACUACAACGAAAGCUGCGAGCUGCCUUACCGCGCUAGAGGUACUGCAUACUCCAUUCUCACCGUCUUGCUCUCUGUCAUGGCCUGGGAGGCGAAGCAUCUUGACCUCAGUCUCUUCAACAUGUACCCCAACGAGGACCCACGCAAGGGACUGAGCAUCUUUGGCACGCUGCUGAAGAAUCGUUUCUUGUUCUGGGCUGUGAUGGCUGGACUGGUUACACCUUUCCCAGUGAUCUUCAUUCCAGUCGUCAACCGUGUGGUCUUCCGCCACCUGCCACUCGAAUGGGAGUGGGGUUUGGUCUUUGCCAGUUUGGUCAUUUUCGUCUCCCUCGUCGAGAGCUGGAAGGCGAUCAAGCGUGUGCGCAAGGCUAAAAAGGCGAAGAAGAACGGAGAGGCCUUGCCAAACCAGAUGGGAGAGAAGACUGACGUUUAAUCGCAAGAAAAUCAAUGAUGAAGAAUGGAGAACGGGAAUCACCUCAACGUGCGGACCUGUUCGGACAAUAAGGACACUCUUUUGGUUAUGACACAUGCCUCGACUCUCACAAAGUCGAUGCUGCUUGUGAUGGGAUUGGCGUUCUUGACUUGACGCACAGAUUGGACACACCGCGUCGCUGCACCACUUCUAGUCCGCUUCGUUGACUUCGUUCACGAGGAUUCCGUGCUAGUUAGUACAUAGUAUGAUUUAUUCACGAUCGCUCCAACAACGACAUGCGCACG